CGUUGUCUGGCACUCUUUCAUUCUUCAUCAUAUAACCUCUCUAAAAUCAGUACUAUAUCGGGCAAGAAUUGGGGCUUCUAAUACUGUGUUAUGUGCCCAAAUUGAAAAUUUCAACAUUUUUGCAGAAUUUUUCAAAAGAAAUCGGCAAAGUUGAAAUCUUAAUGUUUUUUUUUCAUUGUUUAGCAUUUUCAAAUAUACCAGAAAAUACUGAACAAAGUUUGCUAGCUUGUACGGAAGUAUUUUUUAAAAUUCCAGAAUUUAACCAAAAGCCGUAUUUUUCAAAAAUUAAAAAGUACGACAAAAUCAUAUGGAGUGAUUCUUUUUUAUUUCAUAAACCUGUUUAGAAUGUUCAAAUAUACCAGAAAAUACCGAACAAAGUUUGCUAGCUUGUACGGAAGUUAAUUUUUAAAAAAUCCAGAAUUUAACCAAUAGCUGUAUUUUUCAAAAAAUUAAAAGUACGACAAAAUCAUAUGGAGCGAUUCUUUUUUAUUUCAAAAAACUGUUCAGCAUGUUAGAAUUUACCAGAAAAUACCAAGCAAAGUAUGCUAGCUUGUACGGAAGUUGGUUUUAAAAUAUCCAGUCCCAAAAAAAUGUUAUCUAAAAAAAUAUGAGACACUUUAGCGCGAAUUUUUAUAUUCAUUAUUUUUUCAAAUAAUAGGAGUUUGCCGUGGAGAUUAAAAAACUAAUUUUUUCAAACAAUUUUUCUGUGGAUUUAAAUUUGAAUUUUCCUGAAAGGUGUGGCAGAAAUUUUUUAAAAAAUUGGAGCAACUUGUUUUUUUUUUCAAAUAACUUGAAUUUCCGGCAAAAUUCAAAGUUCUACUCUAACCAAUUUUAGGUUACAAUAAAAUAUUUGAUUCACAUUUUUUUGUUUCAAAAUCCGAAAUUUGGAAAUUUUUGGCAAAAAAAUUAAAUAAUUUGCAAUUUAUCUUGAUCAAAGAAAAAUUGGUAUACCGCUCUCUCCCCUAAUUUAUCAUCGGUCACAAGGUGUUGGCAGUUAUAUAGAGAUAAGAAUUUUGACAGCUGGCAAAGAGAUUUUUUUUGGAGGUUGUCCUUUGUGUCAUCUCUCCUCUAUCUAGCCAUUCGACUACCAAGAUGCCUUACGGAAUAGGCGUCCCUCUUCUUUUUCUAAUUUUUAUAUUAUUUUAUUCAAAUUGAAAUGUAUACAACAGGUAAGGAUUUUUGGAAUAUUUUCAAAAAAAUGUUUAAGGAUGGAGUACUGUCAGAAAAUUUUUUUCAGUCAAGAGCUAUAUUUUUGGAUAUUCCGUUUUCUGACAAAUUUAACAGAUUUUUCUUGGAAUUUUUUUUGUUCCUCCUACUUUUUUUUAACUUUAAUAGUUUUCUGCUUUUUCUAAUGUAAUUAAAAAUAGAUUUUUAAAAGGUUUUCUUAUAAGCUUUCACAGCAAAAUAAAAACUUAGAUUUGAAAAAAACUGAUUUUUUUGGUUAACUUUCAGAACUUUUUAAAAAAAUUUUUGAUGUAAAAAAUCGUAUCUAUACACAACAAAAAAGAUUUUUGCUGUCCCUUGAAAUAGAGUAAUUAAUUCAAAAAAUUGAACUAAUUUGAAUAUUCCUGAUGACUCAUCCUUGAGCUUUUAAUCUAUUUCACAAUAAAAUGACGUCACUUGACCUAGAAAAUUCAGUAUUUAAGAAGCUAUGAACGCUACAUCGAACAAGUCAUUUUUGAAAUGUCCACCACCGACAAGUCGACGAGUUUCAAGAUUCCAAGACCCAUGCCACUCGGUCACUGAAAGCGCUCAGCCGAUGCUCCACCACCACCACCAUCCGCGUUCAGGCCAAGCGUCAUCACAAUGGCGCCACCGGCACAACCUCCACCGGUAGCUGUAAAAAAUACGAAGGAGGCAUGGACUAAAUUCAUGAAAAAGAAAGCGGAGCAAGCUGUGUAUCCGUCGAAGGAGUCGUCGACGCUACAGCCCAAGUAUCUGUUCGACGCCAGCACGCUUGUACUGCCAAUGUGCUUUGAGUGCCGCAGGGCCAGUCGACACCUUGAAAUGGCAAUCAAUCUGUGUUCCAUCUGCAGGGCAAACUUCGAGGCCCAAAUAGCAUCGCGCUUCUUCAGGCACGACGUACUUCUGGUGAAGCGGAAACUGGAAGCCAACCAGGACACCACGAAUUUGAAGGAGUAAUUUGUUGUUGUUUUUUUUUCUCUAUCAAUAGACCAAUAAAAAUAUUAUACACGAGAAA